UUAGGGCCCCUCCCACCACCACUCCAGAUAAGGCCAGCCCAGGACUGCUUCAGUGGGCAGUAGGCACUAGGGCUGGAAUGGGGCCGUCGGGCUCCCCAUGGCCUUGGGGGCUGCUGCUGCUCGGGCUGCUGCUCCCCCCUGCCUCCCCCUUCUGGCUUUUCAAUGUGCUCUUCCCCCCGCACACCACGCCCAAGGCUGAGCUCAGUAACCACACACGGCCCGUCAUCCUCGUGCCUGGCUGCCUGGGGAAUCAGCUGGAAGCCAAGCUGGAUAAACCAGAUGUGGUGAACUGGAUGUGCUACCGCAAGACGGAGGACUUCUUCACCAUCUGGCUGGAUCUCAAUAUAUUCCUACCCCUUGGAGUGGACUGCUGGAUUGAUAACACAAGGGUCGUCUACAACCGCAGCUCUGGGCGCGUGUCCAAUGCCCCUGGUGUACAGAUCCGUGUCCCUGGCUUUGGGAAGACCUACUCUGUUGAGUACCUGGACAACAACAAGCUGGCAGGUGUGUUUAUUGGGGAAGGGGCAGGCUGCAGCCGUGGCCGGCCCACAGGAGCUGUGGCCAGAGCCUCCAGUGCUGCUACCUUCCCCACAGGUUACAUGCACACACUGGUGCAGAACCUGGUCAACAACGGGUAUGUGCGGGACGAGACGGUGCGGGCCGCCCCCUACGACUGGCGGCUGGAGCCCAGCCAGCAGGAGGAAUACUACCGGAAGCUCGCCGGGCUGGUGGAGGAGAUGCAUGCUGCCUAUGGGAAGCCUGUCUUCCUCAUUGGUCACAGCCUCGGUUGCCUACACUUGCUCUAUUUCUUGCUACGCCAGCCCCAGGCCUGGAAGGACCGCUUCGUCGAUGGAUUCAUCUCUCUUGGGGCUCCCUGGGGGGGCUCCAUCAAGCCCAUGCUGGUCUUGGCCUCAGGUGACAACCAGGGCAUCCCGAUCAUGUCCAGCAUCAAGCUGAGAGAGGAACAGCGUAUAUCAACGACCUCCCCCUGGAUGUUUCCCUCCAGCGAGGCAUGGCCUGAGGACCAUGUGUUCAUUUCCACGCCCGGCAUCAACUACACAGGCCGUGACUUCCAGCGCUUCUUUGCAGAUGUGCACUUUGAGGAAGGCUGGUACAUGUGGCUCCAGUCACGUGACCUACUGGCAGGCCUCCCAGCACCCGGCGUGGAAGUAUACUGUCUGUAUGGCGUGGGCCUGCCCACACCCCGCACCUACAUCUUUGACCACGGCUUCCCCUACACAGACCCCGUGGGGGUGCUCUACGAGGACGGUGAUGACACUGUGGCCACACGCAGCACGGAGCUCUGUGCCCACUGGCAGAGCCGCCAGCCACAGCCUGUGCACCUGCUGCCUCUCCAUGGGACAGAGCACCUCAACAUGGUCUUCAGCAACCAGACUCUGGAGCACAUCAAUGCCAUCCUGCUGGGUACCUACCGACGUAGCACCCCUGAACCCCCAACUGCCAGCCCAGGGCCUCUGCCCCCCGAAUAAAGACCUUCUUUUGCUCUCUAA